AUGGCGGACUGGGGCCCCGUGAUCGUGGCGACGGUGCUGUUCGUGGUCCUCACGCCGGGGCUGCUGUGCACGCUGCCGGGCCGGGGCCGGGUGGCGGAGUUCGGCAGCAUGCACACCAGCGGCCUCGCCAUCCUCGUCCACGCCGUCCUCUACUUCGCGCUCAUCACCAUCUUCCUCAUCGCCAUCGGCAUCCACGUCUACGCGGGCUAG